CCUUGUCAAUAUUAGUUUGCGGACUUUGUUCCAACAUGACGUAUUAGUCUAUUGCGCGGUAUAAUUUUCUCAAGUCGUGAAUUUACAUAUUUUCAUUAAUUAUUUCAUAAAUCUUUACGAAAUCCACUCAAAAGUCGCAAAUUCUUUCAAUUCCAUCGAAAUUUAAUAGAACAGUGACUGGAACUGUGAAUAAUAAUUGAAAUAAAAUAUCAGCAAAAAUGGCGGCAAAACAGCACGACAACUACUGUUGGGUGUGCUGUAGAAAGCAACCAUCGGUGUUAUGCUCCAAAUGUGAACGUUCAUUUCAUAGCAAAUGUUCCCGUAUGAAAGAUGACCAGAAAAUGUUUGCAGAUGGAGAAUGGGUCUGCUCGAUGUGUUUUAAGGCACAUCAAUCUGAUCAAAAAGACAACCAAAGCGAAUUGGAUAUGCUGCCAGUGAUUAUCGAUCAAGUUUGGAAAGACGAAUCGUUCGAAUCCAUCAAGGAUAUUCUAAAAGAUGGCAUCUAUCCGGGAGCUUCAACGGGUGUCAUUGUUAAUCCAAUCAGUUUGACAUCAAUCAGUGACAACAUCAAGGCAUACCGCACUUUUGACGAAUUUCUCGCCGAUAUUCAUUGGAUUCAUCACAACUGUAGAAUUCUGUAUACGAAAAAAGACCCAAAAACCAAUGCCGCCGCUCUGCUCGUCAAUUUUUUCAACGAGGAAAUUCACAGCGUACAAUCUUGUUGUGCUGAAUGCUACAUGAACGCACUCAAUCAUCCCAAUGACUGGUUCACUAUGGUGUGUGAUGAAGCUCACCUCCUUGUAUGGGCGAGUGUAAAAGGGUAUCCGUAUUGGCCGGGAAAGUUGAUGUAUGCAAAUUUGGCCAAAGACAUAUGUUAUGUACGGUUUUUCGGAAAACACGAUAAUGCUGAAGUGUCACACAGAAAUUGUUAUUUGUACUCUGAAAAAAAUCCUGGUCAACCUGGUUAUACUUCGGUACCAUAUAAUUUGGCAGUAAAGGAAGCCAAAAAGUAUCUCAACAAUGUCAAACAAAAAUUUGGCGCAUACAAUUUGGCCACGUCGAAAACCUUGCUCAAUAUAACAAAAAUCGACAAAUACAUCGUGGAUUUCAUCCCAGGAAUUGUUCGCCAUCGUGAGGCAAAACGAUUGAACCACGCUAAGCGUAAAAUCGAUGAUAAAAAUUUGGUUCCAAGCGGUGACGAUAUUGCUACACCAAGUUCGAAAAAAGUUCGUGUCGCUGAAGAUGUACAAGGGGAAGCACCGGGUCCAUCAAUCAUUAAGAAUGAAAGUCGAAAGCGUAGAAUCGAUGACACAAAUAUGGCUCCAAAUGGUGACGAUACUGUUACACCAAGUACGAAAAAAGCUCGUACCACUGAAGAUGUUCAAGUGGACGCACCGCGUCCAUCAGUCAUUAUGGAUGAAAGUCGAAAGCGUAAAAUCGAUGACAUAAAUAUGGCAUCAAACAGUGACGAUAUUGUUGCACCAAGUUCGAAACAAGCUCGUAUCAUUGAAGUUGUACAAGCGGAAGCACCGGGACCAUCAAUCAUUAAGGAGGUAGACAGUGGAAAGCGUGAAAUCGAUGACAUAAAUAUGGCUCCAAAUGGUGACGAUACUGUUACACCAAGUUUGAAAAAAGAUCUCGGCAGCGAAGAUGUCCAAGCAAAAGGACCGGGCCAAUCAACCAUUACGGACGAUAGUUGGUUGGAUCAUCAGACCCAGUCUCCUGAAAUGACCAAUGAAAACGAGGCAGAACCGUCGCAGCAAUGUAUCAUGAAUGAUGUGAAUGACUCAGUCACCGCACAGUUGAACGACCCAGUCAUCAAGCCAGCCAUUGACAUCGUUGUUGAUGAAGAGAAUGUUGAUCUUGCCACACUAACCCCAACCUCUAACGUGGAACAAAUCAUUUCGGAGCAAAAUGAUGGUAACAUUGGCCAUAUCAUGCGAUUGAAUGCAAAACUGGAGGAAGAAUUGAAAGAAUUGGAGCGAAUGCGUGAAAUUGAAAAAAAGGUGUACGGCGAUAUCAAUGAAAAUCUUUUGGAACAAAUCAAAACGAUUAAACAGACGCAUCUCUUGGAAUUAAAUCAAUUGAACAACAAAUGUAUUCGUCUCGAAAACAAAAUUUGGAAAUUGAGCAACGAACACGAACAGAAUCUGGACCUCACCAAACAACAAUAUUCAUCUUUAAUUGACGAAGCAAAAAAUCACAAGUACUGCGUGGAAUGUACCAAGCCAAUACCAUUGGAGCCAUUCGUCUGUGAUGAGAUGUGCCAACAAAAUUUUUGGAAAAGGCAACAGAACUCCACAUCCGAACUAUAAAUUCAAAAAGUUCACCUCAACGAAAAUUUUGCCAGUUCACUUCAAUAACAACAACAAAUUAAAACUUUAUAUUUAGCAAACAGUAUUUUGUAAAUCUAUGAAUAUUACUACUGACAGUUGACAGACCAUUUUUUUAAAAAUAAUAACGAAUAUCCAAAGUAUUCCUAAA